AAAUAUGCAAUGGGUGAUAUGUUGUGGGGGAAAGUUGGGGGUCAUCCAUGGUGGCCUUGUAUGGUGUCUGAAUGUCCUUAUACUUUCCAGUUUACUAAGCUCUCUGGUAGUCGAAUGACCAGGAUGUAUCAUGUACAAUAUUUUGGUAAUGAAGGCGAGCGAGGUUGGAUUACGGAGUCCUCUACCAUUCCAUUUAAAGGCCUGAAGGAAUUCUUGGAUCAUGCCGACGAACAGAUCCAAACUGCGUCUAAAAAAUUAAAACCAAAAGUUGUACAAUCAUUUAAAAUCCAGCCAACGCGUAAAUGUGCUUGGGACAUAGGCGUAGCUCAAGCUACGGAGGCCUUUAACUUUGAUAUCAAAGAAAGACAAGAGAAAUAUACCUUUGUGUAUGAUUUAAAACAAAACUUUACCACAGUGAAAUCUAAAGACACUCCCGGAACUCCUCCAAAAAAACGUGGACGGAAACGAAAAGUUGAAAGUGACGAAACAUCUCCCUCGUCAGUGGAUGAACCUAACACACCGGUGGAACAGAAUUCAAAACGACAGAAGUUAGAUUCCAGAGAAGAGGACAAAUCAGAUGAUAGUCUAGUCAAAGCGUUAUUUACGCGCCCUAAAACUGUGAAAUACGAAGCCUCAUUCGAUACGUUUUAUAAUAAACAUGAGGAGAGCGUGUUGGAUGAGCAUCCUGAUUGGUCAGGGGACGAGGUCCGAGAACAUCUCAGUCAACAAUGGAGUAUUAUGACAGACAAACAGAAGGCUAGAUAUAAAACUAAAUUUACAGUAGAUUCUGAUACUCCAAGUUCACCAGCUGAUGAAGAUAAAAAGGGUCAGCAGAAUGUAAACCCUAAAUCUACAGGCACUAGAAAGGUUGAGGAACCAGAAAAGCAACAAAAACAGAAAAAAUCAGAAAAGAAAGAUACACCAAAACCUCCGAAAGAAUCCACAAAACCACCUAAAUCUAAAUCGCGUAGAUCUGAAUCAGUGAGCUCGACUGCGACGCCAGAGGACGCCACAGAAGAUACAGAAUCGUCUGUGCCAGAAGGAAAAGAGAAGAAAAAAUCGCGGAAAUCUAAAAAUUUGUUAUCAGUUCCAGCCAAUCAUGAUUCUGAUUCAGGAUCUGAAAAGUCUGAACCUAGGGUAAUAUUACAGAGUACGAUAAAGUCAGGAGAUGGGGAGUACGAACUAGAUAUAUUUAAACUUCACGCUACUAGUAACGCUAAACGUGAAAAUAUCUGUGUUAUAUGUGAACAACCAGGACAAUUAUUAGAAUGCCAAGGGGCGUGUCAGGGUCACUUCCAUGCCAGCUGUUUAAAAGUCUCAGAUUAUCAGGAAGCAGAGUUUAAGUGUAAUGAAUGUGAAACCGGUAAUCAUACAUGUUUUGGUUGUAAAGAAGCCAGUCCUGAAACAAGGAAAUGUUCUGUAUCAUCCUGUGGUAAAUUCUAUCAUGAAUCAUGUUUUAAGAAAUAUCCUCAGUCACGUAUAGAAGGCAAAUCAUAUUUCUGUCCUCUUCAUACGUGUGCUACCUGUGCAGCAGAUAAUCCUAAAAAUCCUAAAGCCACAAAAGGUCGUUUAUUGAGGUGUGUACGGUGUCCAGUAGCUUACCAUGCUGGUGAUUAUUGUAUAGCAGCUGGAGCUAUCAAUCUAGCAGGAAACCAUAUUGUCUGUAGUAAACAUUUCCAACCCAAUAAAACUCAGAGACAUCAUGCUCAUGUUAACGUCAGCUGGUGUUUUCAAUGUAGUAAAGGAGGCACGUUACUAUGUUGUGAAUCAUGUCCUGCUGCCUACCAUCCUGAAUGUUUGAAGUUAUCUUUCCCUGAAGGAAGUUGGUAUUGUCAGGAUUGUUCAAGUGGUAAAAAACCUCUCUAUGGAGACUUGAUCUGGAUUAAAAUAGGCAAUUAUAGAUGGUGGCCGGGAGAAAUUUGUCAUCCUCGAAAUGUUCCAUUAAAUAUCCAGGAGAAAACACAUCAAGUUGGAGAAUUUCCAGUCCGGUUCUUUGGUUCACAUGAUUUUUACUGGACACAUCAAGGAAGGGUGUUUCUGUUUCAAGAAGGCGAUAAAGGCAGUCGAGAUCAGAGUGAGGCUAAAGGACUCGCUAAAAUAUUUGGAAAAGAGGCUACAGAAGCUUUUAAAAUAUGGCAGGCAGCUAAAGCAAAUAAAGAACAGUUAGAGAAAGAAAAUAAUUCUAAAAAACCAGCACCUUUUAAAUUUGUCAAGACUAAUAUACCAAUAGGUAAUGUACAGAUUAAUAAAGCUGAUUUAUCAGAGAUUCCGAGGUGUGAAUGUAAACCAGAUCAAGAUAAUCCCUGUAGUAAUGAUUCAGAUUGUUUAAAUCGUAUGUUAAUGUAUGAAUGUCAUCCACAAACCUGUCCUGCAGCCGAGAAAUGUCAGAAUCAACGUUUUACGAAGCGAGAAUACCCCAACUCAGAAGCCUUGAAGACUCCAAGUAGAGGCUGGGGACUUUAUACUAAAGUUGAUGUCAAAAAGGGCCAGUUUGUAAAUGAGUAUGUAGGAGAUCUGGUAGAUGAGGAUGAAUGUAGAAGAAGAAUCAAACAGGCUCAUGAAGAUAAUAUCACUAAUUUCUAUAUGUUAACUCUUGAUAAAAACAGAGUAAUAGAUGCAGGACCAAAAGGGAAUUUAUCUCGAUUUAUGAAUCAUUCAUGUCAACCGAACUGUGAGACUCAGAAAUGGAUGGUAAACGGUGAUGUUAGAGUUGGUUUGUUUGCUCUCAAUGAUAUCUCUGCAGGUUCUGAAUUAACGUUCAACUAUAACCUAGAAUGUCUUGGAAAUGAAAAAACAGUGUGUGCUUGUGGAGCUUUUAACUGUAGUGGAUUUUUAGGGGUUAGACCCAAGGUAAGCUCUAUAGCGAAUGCUAAUAGAGUAAAAGAUGGGAACAAGAAAAAGAAACGUAAAAAGAAGAUAGAUAUAAAGAAAGAACAUGAUGAUGAUUGUUUCCGAUGUGAAGAAGGGGGAGAACUAGUGAUGUGUGAUCAUAACACGUGUCCUAAAGUUUAUCAUCUACAAUGUUUAAAUCUUACUAAACCUCCUACAGGUAAAUGGCUGUGUCCCUGGCACCAUUGUGAUGAUUGUGGUAAAGCUGCUGUUAAACGAUGUUCUAAAUGUCCCAAUUCAUAUUGUUCUAAACAUAUCAAAGGCAAUAUAUUUGAUGUAGAAGGAACAUUGUAUUGUCAUGACCAUGAU